AAAUCGAAAACAUAGAAAUAAUUCUAUGUUCUUACGUCAAAAUGACAGCACUACUUAAACCACUAAUCAAAGAAAAACAAUACCUUUUAAUGUAAAAAAACUAUAGCUUUAUAAAAAUUUAGCACUCUUAAAUAAUGGGAAAACAUGAACGUAGUGACAUUGGCGAUAAUAAGCGCAGCAAAAGACAUAAGCGGCAUAAACAUAACAAGGAGCAAAACAUAAAAUCUGAGCAAAUGGAGAUCGUCAACGAUGAAAUAAUGGAAAACGAAGACAAGAAAGAACUUACGCACAAUGAGGACGAUGCUCAAAUUGAUGUGGGCGAAGAGGAUUUAUGUAAUGUAACAUUGCCACAAGCUAAUAUCACGCCUCCAAGAGCAAACACUAACAAAAGUAAAAAGACCACUCCUAAAAGUAUUUCAUCCACAAGCAGCGCAACAGGGACUCCUAGUAGCAUAGCAAAUAGUGCUAAUUCUAAAAAGGCGAAAAAGAGACGCGACAGUGGUACCUCGAGUGGUGAAGAACGUUGGCUAACUGCAAUUGAAAAAGGAAAACUGGAGGAUGUGGAUGAUGAAUUGAAAAAAAUCAAAGAUCCCAAGUUAAUGACUGCACGUCAACGCGCUAUGUACGAAAGAAAUUUGGAUAAGGAACCCUCUCCGGGUGGCGAAAUGCUAAUGUCAUUACCAACAGGUUAUCGCGAAAAGGAAAAACCACAAACUGCAGAAGAUAUACUAAAGGCUGUGCUCAAAUCACAAAAACGCAAACAACUAGCGGAUGAGAAACGUGAAAAGGAUAAAAAGAAAACCAUGGAACGUUUGUUAAAAAAACAAGACAGCACAAAACCACGCAGUGGAGGCCGUAGCAAAAUUCUUAAAACAGCGCAGCCAAUGAUAAGCUAUAGAAGCACUUUGAGUGGUGCCUACAUACACUUGCCACCAGACCAUGAAUUUCCUUUAGCACCGCAAAAAUCAGAGAGCCCGCCAAAAGUGAUUAUGUGUGCAAUUGAAGGUUGUGGCCAGCCCAAAGUGUAUAACUGCUCAAAGACAAAUCUGCCAUUAUGCAGUUUCGCUUGCUAUAGAAAAAAUGUCCAAGCGCUGCGACAAAUCAUGUGUUAAAAAUGGGUUUCUAGUGCUU